AUCUGCUUCCAUUUGGUUAGACAGGAAUUGAAAGCGCUUCUGAAAGACUGAUGCCCUCGCUAAAGCCUUGGUCUGGCCAAAGACAUUCACAUUCUUAAUCACUUCUCAGUUUUUGGUGUUUCCUGCACUAAGUGUUGAUAAACUUCCUCUUUAUGUCAAAAUAGCAUCCUUUUGCAACACGAGAAACAUCAACCAUUUAAAACCAGUUGCUGCAUUCGCACUUCCCUGCACUUGUUAACAUUAAAAUGUGAGCUUAAAAACAAGCAGCCGGUUAGUGCAGGAGACAAUAAUGAACAGAGCAAAAGCAAUGGACACCCACCCCAUCAUCCUAAUUCUCUUCUGUGGACAACUGAGGGGGAGCUUUGCUUCUGCUAAGUCCACGGGGUCUGCAAAUGCUACUUCUCCAACUGAAUCUCCAGUCCCAAUUACAGCAGUAUUCAGCUCCUCUGCUCGUUUCCAUCAGACGAGCCAACCAGAAAACCCUACGAAAAAUGGACGGCAAACACCAACCACCAAGCCCAGGCUUCCCGCAGGCGAAGAACCCGAAUCUUUUGAUGCACACGUAAUAGUUGCGGUACUAAUUGGGAUUAUCCUGAUCUUCAUGAUCAUAGUAAUCGUGGGCAUCUUUCUGUGGAGGCGGUGGAAAAAGGCAGCUGCACCCCUUCCCCACUGGGCCGGCCGCUCCCCGUUUGCGGAUGGAGACAUCCCAGAUGUUAGUGCAGAGAAAGACGCUGUACCUGGCGCAAAGCGCAUGUCUGUUCUCUCUCUUCUGCCCUGGAAAUUUCACAGGGAUACCCUGCUCAUGGAAAAUGCAGAAGGGCAAUUAGCUGAAUCAGGAGAGAAUCUGGAUACCACACCUAAACCCAGUGCUGAAGGAACGGAGAAAGGAAGCAACCCUGCAACAACUGAUAACUCUGUGUCUUCGACCAGCACGCAAGUGGCUGCCUCUGAGGGGUUAAGUGGCUUGGUCCAUGUUCCGCUUCAGUCUGAUGACCUGGAUCCACCUGAGCCACCUCCUCCGCCCACCUGGCUUGCCGGGGAACUUAACGGGGAUCCCAGUCUGAAUCACACCGAGUCCCUCUCACCUGAAUCAGCCACGGAAAUCCAGUGUGCCCCUUCCCUGGAUUUGUCCCACCAGAAUCCACUGCAACUCCCUCCGCCACCGGAAGACCUUAUGCAACCCAUUUAAACGGACUGAGUGUGGACUAAUUCUGCAUCUCCAUAAAAAGGGGCCCUUUAUGGAAACAAAUGAAUCUAGUGGAGAGGCCAAUAACCUGAGAACGCAGGUUUGGUUUGGGGUUUGGUGAGCAAAGAGGAACCCUGUUGCCUCCUCCAAGACUGAAUACAAGACCGGAAGUCCAUCUCGUCCAGCGUCUCACGGUUCCAACAUGAAUUGGGCAGGCCCUGACAAGAAGACCGUGGGCAUAAGGUGUAAAGGGAGAGGCUCACUCCUGCUUUUUGUUCCUCAGCAACUGCUAUGCAAAGAUUCACAACCACAACACACCCAGGCCCUGCUAAUCACACAACCUUUGUGCUUCUUCGCCUUUUCCCUGCUGAAGGAAGGCAUCGCCUCUUCCCGGACACGUGAUUUGCAAGGUAUAUUUCUAUUAAUGCAGCCCGAUAUAGCAUUUGCGGGUUUUGCAGCCACGUCACAUUAUUGAUUCAUAUCCAACCUGUGACUUCCCAGGAUUCCAAGAUGCUUCUCACUUGCAGUAUUGAGCCAAGAGUCUCCCGUCUUGUGACACUGCAUUUGGUUCCCUGUCCCAAAGUGCAGAACGUGGCAUUUGCCCCUGCUGGAGCUCAUUCCGCUGCUUUCAGCCCCGUGCUCCCGUCUUGAACCUUCUUUCUCCCUUCCCAGGGUAUUAGCUGUCCUGCCCCGUUUGAUGUAAUCUGCAAAUCUGAUCACCGAUCCCUGCACCUCUUUGUCCAAGUCAUUAAUAAAAAAUGGCGCAGAGUCCUGGGACCAGGACUGAGCCCUGUGGUGGCCCACUCGUGACCCCUCCCCAUUCUGAGAAGAGGAGUGUGAGCUGGCCAUUGCGAACUGAACCUAUGGGUCCGCCUGAUGGUUCUUCCAUCAAGACCACUUCCAGCCAGCUUGCUGAUCAGAACGUCAUGGGGCACUUUGCGGAAAGCUUUGUUGAAACGGAACAUAAUUCUGUUCCUCUGAAAAAUGGGGGUGACUUUGUUGCUGUCCACUGCAUGUAUAUCUGGCCUUCUUCCCAAAAUGGGACUCAAGGUGGCUAACUCUAACCCUAACUGUAACCCUAACCCUUUCAAGGCUAUAUAUCCUGAAUUCAGAACCAUAAAACUAACACGUAUUUGUUGUGCCUUUUUUUGGUUUUCAAGAAGAAAGUUAAAUGAAGCUACGCGGCUUAUGCUUGGGCCAGACUUCCUCAUCCUGGCUCCCUCCAGAUGCGCUAAACUCCAACUCCCAUAGCUCCAAACUGAAAGGAUUUGUACAGAUUUUAUUUCGUGAGGGGUUGGGGCUGAAGGUGCAAAUCUCUCAUUUUGCUGUCCCUCUCACAUACAUUAAUAACCUCUUAGGUUACCUUGGUCUUUCUAGGAGGGGUGCCUUUUAAAUGUACUCUACAAAUAAAGUAUAUUGUGCUAUGAA